UCGAUCGCAACGCCACGCAACGUGCCGCGUGCCAAAACGAGACGAGUCCGACUGCGGUUUGAUCACUGUCAUAACGCCUCGUGCUCUCUCCACCGCUCGCGAGCUCCUACCUACGUGUUGCUCCUCCCUGCGCCGCGUCCGGCCGUGCGCACCCGGGAUGCCGCCGGCCGAGAGUUUCGCCGUCGAGGUCCUCUCGCGGUCGCUCGUCCAGGCCUCCGACCCGCCGCGGGGAUUCCCGGCGGUGCUCCCGGUCUCCAACCUGGACCUCGUCCUCGGCUCCUUCCACGUCUUCUUCAUCGCCGUCUACCCGGCGCCCGCCGCGGGCUUCCCGGCCGUGGCCGCGGCCGCGCGCGCCGCGCUCCCGGCCUUCCUCUCCCGCUUCUACCCCUUCGCCGGCCGCGUCGUGCCCAGCGCCUCCACCGGCGUGCCGGACGUCGUCUGCGGCAACGAAGGGGCCGAGCUCGUGGUCGCGUACGCCGACGCGGCGCUCGCGGACGUGGACUUCGCCGACGCCGGCGCCUCGCUGGGGCGCAUCCAGCUGCCGUUCGAGCGGGGGCUCGCGCUGUCGCUGCAGCUCGUCCGGUUCGCGUGCGGUGGGUUCUCGCUCGCCUGGGGCACCGACCACCUGCUCGUCGACGGCCACGGGCUCACCACGCUGCCCAACGCCUGGGCCGAGAUGCUCGUCGCGGGCGGCCUCUCGUGGGAGCCCCACCAUGACCGCGCCUCCCUCUUCCGGCCCCGCUCGCCGCCGCGGUACGGCCCGUCGCUGGACGCCGAGUUCGUGCGCUACGACCCCGGCACCCUCCCCAACGCCCUCCUUGCCGCGGCCCUCGUGCGCCGCAACUACGUCGUGGACGCCGCAGAUGUCGACCGCCUCCGCGGGGCGGCCAGCGGCCCCGCCCGCCGGGUCACGCGGCUCGAGGCCCUCUCCGCGCACGUCUGGAAGCUGCUCGCCGCGGCCGUGGGCGGCUCCGACACGCACUGCCGCAUGGCGUGGCUGGUCGACGGCCGCCGGCGCCUCGACCCCGCCAAGUACAACAAGACCCACGUCAACAACUACCUCGGCAACGUUGUCACCUACGCGUCCCGGGAGGCGGUCGUGGACACGGUGCGCUCCUCCCCGCUCGCCGACGUGGCGACGAUGGCCGCCGCGGCAAUCUCCGAGGUGUUCCGGCAGGAGCGGUACGAGGAGCUGAUGGACUGGAUGGAAGCGCACAAGGGGGUGUUUGCGGAGGGCGGCAAGUGGACGGAGGCGGUGGGGCUGGGCACGGGCAGCCCCGCGCUGGUGGUGUCGGCGUUCGUGCCGUUCAGGGUGGAGGGCGACUUUGGGUUCGGCCCGCCGCGGCUGGUGAUGCCGUGGGUGCGGCCGGGGAGGCUCGGGUCGGCGGCCAUGACAGUGAUCCGGAGCCCCGCGGGAGACGGGUCGUGGCUGGUCACCGCCAGGAUGUGGCCGCGGCUCGCCGACGCCGUGGACGCCGACCCGGAGGCCGUGUUCAAACCGGCCACCGCCGAGCGGCUCAGUUUCGUCACGCGCCGCCGCGGCGAGCUGGCGGCCACCGAGACGGCGCAGCACGCCGUGAGCCGCAUGUGAGCUGCGUGGACGACUGUAGUUAAAAUAGAUGUACUGCUGCCUACAAAUAUCGUCAGAGCCUCUCUCUCUCUCUCUCACUCAGUACUAGAGUAUCUAUUUUUAACCUUUUCAUUUUUUAAAUAAAAUAUUGGAACUCUCUAUUUGUCAGAUGCGUGAAAACGUUUUCACUUUCCUCAUGGACCGUCUGAUCUUGAUCAAACGGCCCAAAACAGAUCGCACUAUUCAUCUUCAACCUACACCUCUCUUCUUCCUCACGCCUCCAACUUACCCAUCCCAACCGCCGGCCUCCACCACCCGC